AUACGAACCAUGUACCUGGGGAUCCAGAGUCAGAGGCGGAAGGAACACCAGCGGCGUUUCUACUGGGCUAUGAUGUACGAAUAUGCAGACGUAAAUAUGUUGCGCCUCCUGGAAACCUUCCUGGAGAGCGCCCCUCAACUGGUGCUACAGCUCUGCAUAAUGAUCCAAAAGAACCGUGCAGAAACAUUACCAUGUGUGUCCUCUGUGGCCUCCCUGAUGUCCCUGGCUUGGGUGCUAGCCUCCUAUCACAAGCUUCUUCGGGACUCUAGGGACGACAAGAAGAGUAUGAGCUACAGAGGGGCCCUCAUCCAUCUCUUCUGGCGCCUCUUCACCAUCUCAUCCCGAGUUAUUUCUUUUGCUCUCUUUGCUUCCAUCUUCCAGCUCUACUUUGGGAUCUUUGUAGUGGUCCACUGGUGUGCCAUGGCUUUCUGGAUCAUCCAUGGUGGGACAGAUUUCUGCAUGUCUAAGUGGGAGGAGAUCCUCUUCAACAUGGUGGUAGGGAUUGUGUACAUUUUCUGCUGGUUUAAUGUCAAGGAAGGGCGGACUCGAUACAGAAUGUUUGCAUAUUACACUAUAGUCCUGACGGAGAACGCUGCCUUGACGCUCCUUUGGUAUUUUUACAGAGAUCCUGACACUACUGACUCAUAUGCCGUGCCAGCACUGUGUUGUGUCUUUCUUAGCUUUGCUGCUGGGAUAGCUUUGAUGCUGUUAUAUUAUGGUGUGCUGCAUCCCAUGGGGCCAAGAGCUAAGAUCCUGGUCAGCUCCUGUUGCGCCGAGCUGCUCUGGGGCAUUCCUUUGCCCCCCGAUGUUGAGCCCAUGGCACCCCAAACCCCUGGGUACCGGGGGGCCCAGGCUACGCCCACCAGAGCGGUGACGGAGCAACAGGAGGAACUCACAGCUGACACUUGCUUGCCCGUUUUCCAGGUGAGAGCAAUGGUACCAUCUACUCCAUCUGGGCGACCCUACCCCCCCGAGGGGCCUCUCAUUAAGAUUGACAUCCCACGAAAAAGAUACCCAGCCUGGGAUGCUCAUUUUGUAGACAGGAGGCUAAGAAGAACUAUCAACAUCCUCCAGUAUGUCACCCCCACAGCCGUAGGUAUUAGGUAUAGAGAUGGACCUCUCUUAUAUGAGUUGCUACAAUACGAGUCUUCACUUUAAGCUCCUUAAAGCAAAAGUAAAAAAGAGGGGACCUUAUUUUUGUUUACGGUAAACACAGAUCAUGAAACAAACACAAACCUUCAGAUAAGCUUUCUUUCUGGUUGCUGUAUGUAUAAAAAAAAGAUAUUCUCUAUGUUUUGUAAGUAAAAACAAAAAGAAAAACUUUUCUUUUGUUUUUUACACACAAGAAACAGUAUUUCAACUUCCACACCUAGGAUUCACAGGUGGAGAAGGAGGCAUCUCCACAUCAGUUUUAUACCGUACACCAAGUGUAGAAUAUUAUUUAUGGGAUUGGUGCUGAUUGAAAAAUAAAAAAAAAACAAACAAACAAACCUACAACUGCC